UUUAUCAUUGCUGAUAAAUAAUAUGCAAUCAAAUUACAAUAAAACACACAUUCAACGCACAUGCAUACUAAUCUGAAUACUUCUUUGUCUUCUUCUAAUUAUUUCCCAUUUAAUUCUGACCUGGAAAAUUAUAAUAAAUUAGUCUACAUGAUUCUUAGCAUUGGUGUAAAAUAAAACUGAAAGCAGGAACAGUUUAAUAAAUGCAUGUAGUCAAGGGAAGCAACUCUAAACGUAUGACUACCACCACGCCAGGACCUGAUUUGUGCGUUGCAACUUUUCUCCCUUGUUUUAAAGAAAACAACAUUUAGUUUCGCGGGUACGAACAGCUGAGAGCAUAUUACACAACAGAAAAAACUAAGACAACUUCUUCAUAACAUCGAAGAGCUGGAGACUGAUAAUAGAGAAACAUGCAAGUUGAUAAAACUAAACGUGUCGGCCGUUGGUAUUUCGGCGGGGUUGCUAGUGCUCUGGCAGCUUGUUGUACCCAUCCACUGGACUUGCUGAAGGUUCAUCUUCAAACACAGCAGAAAGAAAAAGUUCGGACCACAACACUUUUAGCGCGUAUUAUUAAAACUGAUGGCAUUUUGGGUUUUUAUAAUGGUCUAACAGCUUCAUUACUUCGACAGUUGACAUACUCUCUAACAAGAUUUGCUAUCUAUGAUGUUAUGAAAAAGAAUCUAGUGGAGGGCAAUCAAGUUAUGCCUUUCUAUCAGAAAGUGUUGACUGCAGGUCUUUCAGGAGCCAUUGGUGGUGUUGUGGGGACACCUGCUGAUUUAGUCAAUGUCAGGAUGCAAAAUGAUAUAAAAUUACCUCAUGACAAACGAAGGAAUUAUAAACAUGCCAUCGAUGGUCUAUAUCGAGUGGUCCGUGAAGAAGGGCCAGCACGGAUGUUCAAUGGUGCUACCAUGGCCAGCAGCAGAGCAGUUCUUGUGACAAUUGGUCAGCUUGCUUGUUAUGACCAGAUCAAAUCAUCUCUUCUGGGCACAGGUUUCUUCUCAGACAAUCUUGUCACACACUUUUCUUCCAGUAUUAUGGCAGGUACAAUUGCAACUCUUCUCACUAUGCCUCUAGAUGUCAUGAAAACAAGAAUUAUGAAUGCUCCACCUGGAACAUACAAGAACAUUCUAGCCUGUGCUAUUGAGAUUAGCAAAAAUGGUCCAUUAGGUUUUUUUAAAGGUUUCAUACCAGCCUUUGUACGACUUGGUCCACACACUGUUUUCACAUUCAUCUUCCUUGAACAAAUUCGAAUGAAUUUUGGCGAUGAUGUAUAAUACCACUUUGACUUUUAGUGAAUAGAACUCUGUACUUAGGUUUGGUUCCUUGUUUUAGCUUCUUGUAAAAAAAAAUUGAAUAUAUUUGGUGGGUUUAGUAAAUAUUUGGCUCAUUACUAUAAAAAAACUUUUGUAAGAGGAAAUUUUAUUUUAUAACUGAAAUGGUAUUUAUUUUAAAUAAGUGAAAUUUAUAUUAAUUGAUUUCUACUGUUUUAUGAAGUCUACACACUGUCAACUGCUCUUAGGGAGGUAACUUGUAUUCUUUAUUACAAUCAGAGAGAGAGGUGACUUAUUUCUCCUUUGCUGUUACACACUCACAAGUGUCUUAUUCCUUACAUUGCAGAUAACAUUACCGAUAACAUUUUUCACUUUUUCAUGGCUGUCAAAAGUGACUGACAUACUUUACCUUUCUAGUCAAAAGAUAUUGGACUGUUUUAUAAUUGCAGUCACACGUGAGCAACUGUCUGUUUUUACACCAUUGUUAUUACAAUUUUGUGAUAGCAUUUUCCAUCACAGUUACACGCAUAUGACAUGAAUUUAUCUUCCAAUGUAUACAAUCAAAUGUUUUCUAUCAUUCACAAGACAGCUUAUGCAAUUUGAGUAAUGCUUGAAUGCUUGUUUUUGCUAUUGCAAUCAUAUCUGCAUGAUAGUUUUUGCCCUUGCAGUCAUACUUGUAAGAAAUCCUUCACCAUUUCAGUCAGAUUCAUAUGAAGGCUAUUUUCAGCUCAGUUGUACUUGUAUGACAAUCAUUGCCUUCUUUUGCCAUUGCAUCAUAUUUGUAUAAAGGUUGUUAUCACUGUAGUCAUACUUUUAUGACAGCUUUACAAUUUCAGUCAUAAUUGUAUGAAGGCUUUUUUGAUUGCAGUCAUACUUGUAUGAAGGCUUCUUCCAUUGUGGUCCUAUCUGUAUGAAGGCUUUUCCACUGCAGUCAUACUCGUAUGAAGUCUUUCCAUUUAGUCAUACUUGCAUGAAGGCUUUUCGUAUUGCAGCCAUACUUGUAUAAAGGCUUUUUCCAUUGUGCUCAUACUUGUAUAACAUAGCAAAUUGAUACAUUAGGACAUUGAAUAUAAUUCCUCUCAUAUUUGAUGCAUUAUAUUCAGCAGUAUUUGUUCUAACUCUCUGCACUCUGAGUUCAAAUCCAACCAAGGUCAACCUUGCCUUUCAUCCUUUCAGAAUCAAUUAAAAAAGUACCAAUCUAAGGUGAUGGAUUGGCAGAAUUAUUAGAUCAGGCAAGGUGCCUUGCACUACCUAUUUUGGCUCUUAGUGUUCUGACAGCAAUCCUGUGACAACACUAGUGCCAAGCUGUAUCAGCCCAAGUUGGCUUUUCUCUUGGAUAAACACUGGUGGCAUGGAGAGGGGAAACUUACAUGUGUGGACAAUUGCCAGAUUCUUCAAAAUGUCUUACUCAGGCCUGCCCAUUAGUCUGCAUAAUCAUCAUUGUCCAACAUUGUACCACUACCUCUCUUAUACCUUUGUGAAGGUUUUUUUGCAUUGCAGUCAUACUUGUAUGAAGACUUUUAAAAGUGCAGUCAUACUUGUAUGAAGGCAUUUUUCAAUUUAGUCAUACUUAUAUGAAGGCAUCUUCCAUUGCAGUCAUACCAGUAUGAAGGCUUUUUCUAUUGCAGUCAUACUAGUAUAAAGGCUUUUUCUAUUGCAGUCAUACUAAUAUGAAGGCUUUUUCCAUUGCAGUCAUACUAGUAUGAAGGCUUUUUCCAUUGCAGUCGUACUAGUAUGAAG